CAAUUUCUGUCCUCCUCUCGGUUUUCAUGUCACUGUCGUUUCCGACGCCCCGGUCUGAGGCUCUGAGCUUACCCCCGACCAAACCGCAAAAUCCAAGGAAACGAAGAAAUAAGAUCAUGGUGGCAUCUCUUCUAAUCUAUCUGUUUACAGUUAUAAUCUGAUAGAACCCUAGAAAAUUUUCAGAUCCGAAGAAGUUGGAUAUAUAGUCGAGAAAUCGCAAAGCUGAGAUAUCUGUCGCCAUGAAUUCAAGAGGCAGGUUUGGUCCUGGGACGAUGCAUGGUCGUGGGUAUCCAUACAUUCAACCGAAUUACGUUCAGAGAAAUCCUCUGCAUUCAAAUCUUCAGCAUAUUUCGCAACAACAAUGGCCUCGACGCAACCAGGCCGAAGCCGAAACGGCUUCCAUCGACGAUAUAAAUCCGAAGGAGGAAGAAAAAAGGGUUCAAUCCGAAGGCAUCGACUUAAGUUCACAAAAUUGGAAGGCUCAACUGAAACUUCCGCCUCCUGAUACACGUUACAAGACAGAGGAUGUUACGGUUACCAAAGGAAAUGAAUUUGAGGACUACUUUCUUAAACGGGAACUGCUUAUGGGCAUAUAUGAAAAGGGUUUUGAGAGACCUUCUCCAAUCCAGGAAGAAAGUAUCCCAAUAGCGCUGACUGGAAGUGAUAUUCUUGCAAGAGCCAAAAAUGGAACAGGGAAGACCGCUGCAUUUUGCAUUCCUGCUCUGGAAAAAAUUGAUCAAAAUAAAAAUUCCAUCCAAGUGGUUAUUUUGGUCCCUACUCGGGAGUUGGCCCUUCAAACCUCACAAGUAUGCAAAGAGCUCGGGAAGCAUUUGAAAAUUCAAGUGAUGGUAACUACUGGAGGAACUAGCUUAAAGGAUGAUAUCAUGCGUUUGUAUCAGCCAGUUCAUUUACUUGUGGGAACCCCAGGUAGAAUACUUGACCUUGUGAAGAAGGGGGUUUGUAUACUGAAAGACUGUUCAAUGCUUGUCAUGGAUGAGGCUGAUAAGCUUCUGUCUCAAGAGUUUCAACCUUUGGUGGAGCACUUGAUCACUUUUCUCCCUGUGAAUCGUCAAAUUUUGUUAUUUUCUGCUACAUUCCCGGUCACUGUCAAGGCUUUCAAAGAGAAGUUUCUGCCGAGACCUUAUGUCAUCAAUCUCAUGGAUGAGCUGACACUCAAGGGCAUAACUCAGUACUAUGCAUUUGUAGAGGAAAGACAGAAAGUCCAUUGUCUCAAUACUCUUUUCUCUAAGCUCCAAAUAAACCAGUCUAUAAUUUUUUGUAACUCGGUGAAUCGUGUGGAGUUGUUGGCAAAGAAAAUCACUGAGCUGGGUUACUCAUGCUUCUACAUCCAUGCUAAAAUGCUCCAAUCUCAUAGAAAUCGGGUUUUCCAUGAUUUCCGUAAUGGUGCUUGCAGAAAUCUUGUCUGCUCAGAUCUAUUCACUCGGGGUAUUGAUAUCCAGGCAGUUAAUGUCGUCAUCAACUUUGAUUUCCCAAAGAAUUCUGAAACAUACUUGCACAGAGUGGGUCGAUCUGGAAGGUUUGGCCACCUUGGCCUGGCUAUUAGUUUAAUCACAUAUGAGGACCGGUUUAACCUAUAUAGGAUUGAGCAAGAACUUGGAACUGAAAUCAAGCAAAUUCCCCCACAAAUUGACCAAGCUAUUUACUGCAAGUAAUAUAGUGUACUAAGAUGAUGAGAAUCAUGGUUC